AUGUCAUCAUUCUCCGAGUCCACUGGUCUUGGUUACUUGAAGCAGUGUGCCCCAGAGUUCGUUAACUACAAUAAGCGUCAGCUGAGCAGGAUAUAUCCGAAAGGAGCCAGGGUGGAUUCAAGCAAUUUCCUUCCACAGAUAUUCUGGAAUGCCGGUUGUCAAAUGGUUGCCCUAAAUUUCCAAACACCCGAUGUGUACAUGCAACUAAAUAUGGGCAAAUUCGAGUACAACUGUGGAUCUGGGUACCUGUUGAAACCUGAUUUCAUGCGGCGACCGGACAGAACCUUCGACCCGUUUUCUGAAUCACCUGUGGAUGGUGUGAUUGCUGCGCAUUGUAGUGUUCGAGUAAUUUCGGGGCAGUUCUUGACGGACAGGAAGGUUGGCACGUAUGUGGAAGUAGAAAUGUAUGGUUUACCAACGGAUACAAUAAGGAAGGAACAUAAGACCAAAGUCAUACCAGCGAACGGGCUCAAUCCUGUUUACAGUGAAGCUCCAUUCGUGUUCAGAAAGGUGGUGCUACCUGAGUUGGCUGUGUUGCGGUUUGCUGUUUACGAUGAGAAUGGGAAACAACUAGGACAGCGCAUUCUGCCUCUCGAUGGGCUUCAAGCUGGGUAUAGACAUAUUUCCCUUCGAUCCGACACAAACCAGACUAUGGUUCUCGCUCCUACCUUGUUCGUUCACAUUGUCAUCAAAACCUACGUCCCGGAUGAACUGAGCGGUUUGGUUGAUGCUUUGGCAGAUCCAAGAGCUUACCUUUCUGAGCAGAAGAAACGGCAAGAAGCGUUGGCCCACAUGGGGGUUGACGACAGUGAUAUCGUUGAGGUACCCGCUGGAAAAGCUGCCGCGACAAAAGGAAAAGUUCUUCAAAAGACGAAUGGCUCGGCCGCAAACUUGCUCAGCGAAAAAGAGAAUCCUCCGUCUUCUGCGCGCUCAGAUGGUUGUGCAGCCACGACUGGCACAUCCAAAGUCAACAACGAAGCGGCGCCUGCACCAGUAGACAAGUUCAAGCAUUUAUCGCUGGGAACACCACAUCGCAAACGCUCGUUUAUGCGAGGUAGACACGAUGACAGUCCUACUCACCUGUCGGCUCCUCCGAUUGCACGGAAGCCUAGCACAGAAACAGAAAGAUCCCUAUACGGUUCUAUGAGGCGUCCACAUCAUGAUGAAAAGUUGAAGGUGGAGCCAAUUGACGUGGAUGAGCUGAAAAAAGACAAGGUUUUUGCAAAGCUCCUGAAAAGGUUCCAGAAAGAUAGUGAGGAAUUGAAGAAGAAACAUCAGAAGCAGCGGGACAGCAUUCAGAAACAACAGCAAACAAAUGUCGACAAGCUAAUGACGAAUAAUCGGCGUUCAACGAGGAAAGAAAAAGGUGGACGACGAUUGACGAGUGACUGCAGCGAUGGCGCCGGAGCUAGCAACAUGGCAAAUAAUGAUCGGGUUCGCUCUCUUGUCAAUGUGCAGACAGACGAGUGGUCAGCGAUGAUGAGGCGGCAUGAAGCAGAGGAAUUCGAGAUGAGGAAAGCACAAUUGAAAGAGCAGACAGAAACACUCAGGAAACUUCUGCUAGACGCGCAGAAGGCACAAAUGCAAGGUCUCAAACUCCGACUCGAAAGCGAAACAAAGGAGCUCAAACAAACGCAGACCAAAAAGAGCAUGGAAGACGCCAAAAUCCUCAACCUUGACAAGGGAAUCAAAACGAAGGCAGAAAGAGAGCGGAGGUUGAAGGAGCUGCAUGAGAAGAACUUGAAGAUGUUUGUCGAGGAAAGGAAACGAUUAGCGAAAAAAGCGGAGAAACACGAGGAGCAGCUUGCGAAGCGCCAUCAGGAUCAACUUGAUCAGCUCGACAAGGAAGCCGCUCGUGCUUUAGAACAGGAGGAAGCUAAUUUCAGGGAAGAUCAGUUGUCUUCUAAACCAGCGUCAUUGGUCUAG